AAUCUCCCACGUCGUCAUGCCGGGCACCGACGACUUUGCGACUUUGGAUGGGAUCCCGUCAUUUCCUCCCUCCGGCCACCACCCAAUCGAUCGUUCCCACGGUGGCUCCCAUGGCCUCCGCCACCGGCGGCGAGCUGCGGCUGGUUGACCGCUGCAUCGACGCGGCCGCGCGAGACGCUUUAACCGUGGAGGCCUGGCGCCGGCAGCGCCGCUCCCUGGAGCGCCUCCCGGCCCAGCUCGCCGACGCGCUCUUCCGCCGCCUCGCCGCACGCCGCGUACUAUUCCCCUCCCUCCUCGAGGUGUUCAAGUGGUCCGUCGAGGAGGUCGACCUGAGCGGAUCUCUCGCCGUGGAUGCGGAGUGGCUGUCGUACCUCGGCUCGUUCCGGUACCUGAGGGUGCUCAAGCUGGCGGACUGCAAGAACGUUGACAAUGGCGCCGUCUGGUCUCUCGCUGGAAUGAACACAUUGAAGGAGUUGGACUUGUCAAGGUGCUCAAAGAUCUCUGACGCUGGCCUCAGACAUAUAGUGGCCAUUCAAAGCUUGGAGAAGCUGCGGUUAUCUGGUACUAAGUUGACUGACAAUGGAGUGAUGCUCAUUUCUUCGCUGACCAAUCUAAGUUUCCUUGAUCUGGGAGGAAUUCGUAUCACAGAUAAACCCUUACGGUCUUUACAGGUAUUAACACGACUUGAACAUCUUGAUAUAUGGGGCAGUGAAAUUACAAAUGAAGGAGCUUCUGUUCUAAAAGCCUUUACAGGAUUGAGAUUCUUGAAUCUUUAUUGGACAAGUGUCAAUCAUUUAACAGUCCCUCCAACCAUGCGGUGUCUAAAUAUGAGCAAGUGCAAAAUUCAUUCUAUCUGCUAUGAGGAUUCUGAAGCUCCUGUUGCUCUAGAAAAUUUUAUUGUCUCUGAAGCUGAAUUUGGCAAUAUUGAUAAAGUAUUUUCUGGAAUCCAAGCAGACUCACUGUUAUAUUUGGACAUGUCUGGUUGUGAUUUAAGCAACUUGUCUUUCAUGGAAAAGAUGAAAAAUCUAGAGCACCUGGACCUUAGCUCCAACAGAAUAACUGAUGACGCAAUCGAACAUAUUGCAAAAGUUGGAUCAAACUUGAAAUAUUUGAGCCUCAAGGGUACCGGGAUAACUUCUCAGGCCCUAUGUGUUCUGGCAGGGACAGUUCCAAACCUCACUUCACUGUCUUUAUCUCAUACAAAAAUUGAUGACUCUGCUCUAGCGUAUGUCAGCAUGAUGCCUUUGCUGAGUACAAUAGAUUUGAGCUAUACGAGUAUCAAAGGGUUUGCUCGUGCUGAAGUAAAUGCUGACAAAAUAUUGUCUAUGUCUGCUUUUGAGCAUCUCAAAUAUCUGGAAAGCUUAAAUCUAGAGGAUACACCACUAUCAGCUGAAGUUAUACCUCCCUUGGGAUUGUUUGCAGCAUUGAAAUAUUUGUACCUGAAAAGUGAUUUCUUGUCUGAUCCUGCCUUGCAUGCCCUCUCUGCUGCCUCCAAUCUGAUACAUCUUGGGUUCUGUGGGAAUAUAUUGUCCAGCUCUGGGCUUUUACAAUUUGUACCCCCUGCCACACUACGUGUAUUGGAUUUAAGGGGCUGUUGGAUCUUAACAGGAGAUGCUGUUUCAACAUUCUGUAUGCGUCAUCCUAUGAUUGAAGUGAGGCAUGAGCUCAUGCAGGAACUUAAGGCAAAUAGUGUUGGCAGGUCCCAACUUAAAGCUAGGCAAUCUCAACAGGCGAAAGCAAAAGUCGCAAACAGUUUUGCCGGCCCAAGUAGGCUUCCUAAUAUCCGCUUUGUAGAUGAAAGGAUAAAAUACAACAAGGAGGAAAUGAUGGAGCUGCAAAACCUUGUUAAACCAAAUUCAGUAAUGCAUGGCGUGCGGCUUCCACCAGAACUGCGUAGGCUCACAUGAUAUGAAGUUUUUGUUGGACCUUAGUUUCUUAUGCACCUGCCUAAGCAUGCCAUUUUCCUUAGUUCAAUUAUCCUUGAAUGUGACAAUUUUGAAAAUAUAAUGUGAUCUCAGUGGAGAAGAUGGCUGUUAGCCUGUUACCUGUCUCUUGGUCUCUCCUACUUCAAAUAUGAGUGCUAUUUAGUUCAGAUGAAUGGCUGGUCAGAGACUCAGAACUAUUGAUGUCAAUUGCAUUGGUGUGACCCGGUGACCAUGAAUCCAAAUGUUGAUGCUUU